AUGGUCGAGGUAGGGCCGCUCGUGGUUGGUGUGGACGUCGGAGGCACCAACACGGACUCUGUGCUUUUGGAUAUUUCGAAAACGGGCACAGACGCGGUCAUCUCGUCACACAAGGCUGCGACUACUUCAAACGUGACGCUGAGUGUCAAGGAGACUCUGAAGGUCCUGUUAGGAAAAUCCCCUGUGGACCGAAAGAAUGUCUCCGCCAUUGCCAUAGGCACGACGCAUUUCAUCAAUGCCAUUAUUGAGCGUGACUCUUCUCGAGUCGAGAAAGUUGCAGUGCUGCGACUGGCUUCUUAUAACUUCUCUGCUGGGACGCCUCCGUUCGCGGACUGGCCGGCAGCCUUGAAAAAGAUUGUCCAUGGGCAUUCAGCCAUUAUUCCUGGUGGAUGCAACAUCGACGGUAAACUCAUCGCCGAUAUCGAUGAAGACUCUGUCAGGGAGCAGGCCGAGAUCAUCAAGGCUCAGGGAUUGAAGAACAUUGUCAUCGUUGGAAUUGGCUCACCAACAGACGAUCAUUAUCACCAAGAAGAAAGGGUCCGAGACCUUUUGAGAGAAUCUUUCCAAGAUGCUAACAUUGUGUGCUCCCGAGAUGUUGCAGGAAGUGGACUACUCGCUCGAGAAAAUGCAUCGAUCCUCAAUGCAUCCAUUUUGAAUUUCGCCCGCCGAGCAAUUCGCUCAUUCAUGACGGCGAUGAGUCAGGUCGGCCUGCAAUGUCCCCUUUAUUUGACUUCGAAUUCAGGUCAUUUGCUGCCUUUCUCCGAGGCCAUGCAGUUUCCUAUUCAAAUAUUCUCGUCUGGAGCGACCAAUUCCAUCCGUGGAGCGGCGUUUCUGGUCGGAUCUGAAAUCGGCCAAACCGGCUGCGUCGUGGUUGAUAUCGGAGGGACGACAACAGACGUCGGAUAUCUUCUUAAGAAUGGAUAUCCUCGCCUUGCCAAAAGUUAUACUGAUUUGGCAGGAGUCAAAAUCAACUUGGAAAUGCCAUCCGUGGAAAGUGUCGGUUUAGGGGGCGGCUCGAUCCUUCAUGAUGGGAAACAAGUGCUUGUCGGCCCAGACAGCGUUGGACAUGAUCUAUUGACAAGAGCUUUGUGCUUCGGGGGGACUGAAGCAACUGCCACUGAUGUGGUAGUCGCUUCUGGCGACGCCUCGCUCGGCACCGAGAAAGUCGAGCUGUCAGAGAGCAUCAUCUCCCAAGCGAAAACAAGAAUGAGAAAAACGCUGGAAGCUUGUAUCGAUCGCUCGAAGUUAUCCCCCGACCCUUGCACAAUCAUUCUGGUUGGAGGCGGGUCUAUUCUAUGCCCACCAGAACUCCACGGUGUCGAAAAGAUUAUUCUUCCUGAACAUGCUGGUGUCGCCAAUGCGAUUGGGGCAGCAAUGGCCAAGAUAUCGGGGUCUGCAGAAUUGAUCAUCAAAGGCUCCGAUAUCCGGGGCGGCAUCGCCAAAGUCAAAGCGCAAGCGAUCGAAAAUGCUGUUCUCAAAGGUGGUGACACCACUUCAAUCACGACUUUGAAUGAAGAAAUAGUUGGGGUUCCGUAUACCCAAGACCAAACCAAGAUCAAGAUCGAAGUCGCUCUUCCAGCGAAUCAUGGAAAAGUCUUUCGGGAAAUGUUGCAGCUCAACAACACCACGGCUGCAGAUGCCGAUCCAGAAAUGUUCGAGGAAACAAAGAAACAUGAGGUGGAGACGGAUGGUGAGGCGGCGGUUAACGAAGGAGUCGACCUGAGGAACUAUCGUCCACAUGUAACUCAAGAAGGCCUUUGGAUCUUGUCAGAGAUCGAUAUUCGAUUCCUUGCCAUUGGAUGCUACAUUCUGGGGACGGGAGGCGGAGGAUCGCCUUACGCAGCUUACCUGCACUUGUGUCAAUUGCUAUCGGGAGGAGAAACUGUCACCAUUAUGAGCUGUGAAGACCUAAAAGAUGACGAUCAGAUGCCAUCUGUUGCCGGGGUCGGCACCCCAGCGGUUGGCAUAGAAAGACCUGGUGGUGAUGGCGUGAUCCACGCUCUGAAUAUGAUGUCUGAGGAGCUCAACGUGAAAUUUACUCAAAUGUUAGCGGUUGAGAUUGGUGGGGGGAAUGGGCUUGCGCCUCUGAUUUGCGGCUGCUCGAAGUAUUAUCAUCUUCCCACCGUAGACGGUGAUCUGAUGGGUCGAGCAUACCCGGCUUUUGAAAUGGUCUCCCAGCACGUCAUGGCGGACUCCGUUAAUGCACUGCUACCGGUGACCCUUUGCAGUGGCACGGGUCACAAUGUUCUGAUCCCGGCCGGCCAGACAGACGAGACGAGUCCAGGGAAAGAGAUAAGAGAGGUAUGCGUUGCCAUGGGAUCUGCUUGUGGGGCCGCGGGUGUUCCGUUGAGCGGCAAAGAGAUGCGAACUGCCGGAAUUCCUAACACUCAUUCUCUUGCAUGGCGCAUGGGUCGCGUCGUGUGUCUUGCGCAAGAAUCAGCGUCGUUGUCGACACUUCCCGAAGCCUUAAUCGAGGAAUGUGGAGGAGAACAGACUAUGCAGCGCCUCUUUCAGGGGAAGAUCCGUAGUGUUGAAAGCGCCAUCACAACCACUGCGCACAGUGUGGGAAAGGUGAUCGUCGAGGCCCUGAGCGAAGAUGAAAUGGAGAGCGAUGCAGACAAAGCUGGAAACUGGAUUGAAGUUGCCAUUCCAUUCAUGAAUGAAAACCUCGCCGUCCUCGGAAAGAACGAGAAGGGCGAGGAGGCGGUGCUGGCAACGGUUCCCGACCUGAUCUUCUUGCUGGACGUCUCCACAGGAGAGAACAUCGGAGUGCAAGAGUACCGAUAUGGCUUGAAAGUCACGGUGAUGGCCAUGGCGCCACACCCUCUGUGGACGACCAAGCGAGGGCUUGAGAUUGGUGGACCCGGGGCCUUCAACUUGCCCUACGAAUACAAUUCACCCCUCAAAUACACCAAACCCAGGAGUGUCAUCGAAGAGUUCAGACCAAAAGCUGGAAAUGAACAAUCCUGA